GCUACUUGAUACUCGCACCUCGCUUUCGAACGAAAACAGAACCAACCGUUGCAAGUGAAACAAAAUAUGUCAUGCAUAAAUUACUACCACUGCUGGAGCUCAGAAUCGGCCUGGGUGCAGAGCGGGAGGAAAGUCACUGGAUUUUUGCCUCCAAGGCUGCCUCGUGGCACGGUUUCCGUUGUUUGGGGAACAACAACCUACAAUUUCCAUACGGGAAGCCCGUGGACGUGCUGUAAUCGGCGUAUCGGGUUCGAAAGGUGAUCGGCCAUUGUCGUCGUGUUACCCGAACUAGUUCUCUCCACCCCCGCGAAGUCCUGACCUGUCUGAGCAAGUUUGUACUUGACAUAUCUGGCCUGGUCAACCUGUCAAGGCAAGCAACAGUGCGCUCCAUCAGUCAACGUACUGGACACCAGGGCUGGACACUCAAUAAUUUUCUUUUCGCCAUCUGUAGUUUUCACACAAUAUGGCAAGCGUAGAUAUCACAAACAGUACUCCCGCCACGAGUACGGAUUUGUCCACCACACACAAUGCCUGCUCGGCCAUGUCGAGUGUUGGCCCGGAGAGAGAGGAUUUCUACCGGCAGAAAUUCGAAGCGGUAAGCCAGAUGCUGGUAGCACUGAGCGAGGAAAAUAAGUCCCUAAAAAUCCGCCUAAACGGGGUACAGACUCUACAGACUCUGCUGUCAGAAGCGAGAGAAGAACUCGCUGGCAAGCACCAGCUCAUAAGGGACAUGGAAACCAAGAUCGCAGAUCUGCAAGCCAUGAUAGCGAAACUUGGAGGUAACAGCGGGGAUAGGAGUAUUCUGCAGGGGGCGAUCGUCGUGCCUGGAGUGUCAAAGGAACUUGUGGAUAAUCUGAUCAGAGAAAAUGCCAAGUUGAAACAGAUGCUGAGGGGUUCACGCGAAAACAGUGGCCUUGUAGAUGACAAGACUGAUACAGAAAAGCAACUCCAGAUGUGCCAAGAGCAGUAUCACAGAGACAUGGCAGCAAAGGACCAUGAAAUCAAAAAGUUACAAGAGCUCCUCGCUGCGUCGGACAACGACAAGGACGUGGAGAUCGCGAGGCUCCAGAAGGCGCUGAAGGACGCCCGCAACGUCGAUCACACCCGUGACGUUCUGUGCCAGUCGCUGACGGAAGAGACUCAGACCUUGAAGACACGGUUAGCGGCCACUGCGCAAAUGUGCAAUGACCUGGCACUCAAGCUGGACAGCAAGGAACGGAUGUUAUCACAAGCACAGAACUCCAUGCAAAUGUCCGUUACAGGACAGUUGGGCAAGGUUUCCCUUGGUGAGGGGUCCAGCACUGAUGCCCAAAACAGGGCAAUCAGACAACUGGAGCAAGAAGUGAACAAGCUGAACACACAGCUCAGAGAGGUUGUUGACAUGAACACACGCUGGCAAGCUUACAAUGAUCAGAGGGAAACUACGUCAUCACGCUACAAGGGAAGGUCUCGGAGCACUCACAACUGGCAGACAAGCUACAAAGAGACAAUGGGCAACUGCAAGCUCGGAUUGAAGAGCUACAGAACAUGCCACAGUCAGCGAGCGGCGGGGGACUGUCGGAGGAACAACAGCGGUACUUUGACAACCUACUUCUCACAGCAAAGAAGAACCUUGAGGAGCAAAGAGAGGAAACAGAAGAGCUUCAAGGUUCAGAAUAAGCUUGUGCGGAUGACGGAGAGGUACGAGAUGGAGAAAGAGAAGACACAGCAGAUGGAGAGAAGGAUGGAGGCCAUGGAGGCGGAGCAUGCUCAGUGCAAACAAACCCAGAACCAGGAGGAGAUCGUGGACAUGUUGAAACAACAGCUCCAGGCAUAUAAAGAAGACUUUGAGGAAGAGCGGCGUGACCGUGAGCGGAUGCAGGCGCGGCAGGAGAGCGUUGAGGAGGAACUGGCAACAUCUAAGGCGACAGUCCGACAGCUGGAGGCACAGCUUCACAGAGAGAAGAACCAAAAACAGUUCCCUCCUGUUUAUCAUGUUCAGUAUGACCAGCAGAACGCCCUUCGAGCAAGGUCAGCCAAUAGGCACACACCGUACGCAGUUGGUAAUCGUUUCAACUACGGCUUUGACGUGGUGGAUGGCGACAUUGUCGCUGACGGUCCAUCUGAAAAUAAUGACGAGGACAAAGGGGAGACACGGGAGGAGAGAAGGCGAUCACGGCGGAGGGAAACAGACAUCCUGCAGUGUCCCAAGUGUAAGAGGGAAUACACAAAAGACAGGCAUAAUGAACUAUUGGAGCAUAUCGAUCUGUGCUAUGACUGAAGUUUUCACUUGCACUUUUACCAAUUGUAGAUAAAAGUGAGUUGGUAAAAGUGCAAGUGAAAACCUUCAUGUGGGACAAAAAUGCACUUGCCCACAUGCAAGCAUACGUUCCUACAUUAAUGAAAUAUGUUUUUUUGUGACCUGUAUAUUGUAACCUUACAUCUGUUCCUUUUACCUAAUAUCAUAUCAAGAUGUAUCCAGUAAAGUUCUUGAAAGUCAAAGACUAUGAAAUAAUUUCAUGGCAGGUCUUUUGAAAAUCAACUUCUUGGGAAAACUUUCCAUAUGACAAGUUGCAAUGACUCAAGCUUACAGAUAGCUGUAUGCUUCCAUCCUCCUAGGCACGGUCCCCAACCAGCUAAUCGCGUUACUGACCGCCCUGCUUGUAAAUAUUGAUGAGCUUACCAUUAUAUGGGAACCAGGCAAUCAGCGCCCAAUCAGGCCUUUGCGAGAUUCCUUUUGAAAACUGAAAGGCUGUUCUCUGAUUGGCUGACAGCUGGUUUGUGGCGACGCUCACAGUAACAGGGGGUGGCCCUUCAGAUAGCAGGGUCCCCACAUAGGUGAUUAGCUGGUUGGGGACCAUGCGUAGGAGGAUGUAUGCUUCAUCAUACGAUGUAUCAAAGUCAUACAACCCAAAAAUUAUGGACUUGGAUUGAGAGAACACCACCAUAAAAUGUUACGCUGAAUAGCUGUGAUGCCAUAGGUCAUCUACAUGAUAAAAAGUUGACUGUAGGUAAAAGAUGCACGCAUGUAAAUAUUGACCAAAUACUUGUGUACUUGUACAUACUGUGAGUUGCAUCUCUUCAAUAGAGGAAAGAGAUUGAAUACAGCAAAAUUUCAAUAUUAAACUAGCUCUCUUCCAAUAGGCAAGCCAAACAGAAUAAUGUCUUCAUAUAUGAUGUUGAGCAAGGACAAGAGCAGCUAGGGAAAAGUGCAAAAGCAGAACAUCACAUUUGUUGAUUCUAUUAAACUUGAAAAUCUAAGUCGUAAA